AAAAUAGAUUGUAACACAUACAUCCAUUAAUUUCUCCCUAAAGUUCUAUUCUUCAACUACUAUCUUAGUCUUGUCAAAGUUCCACCUCUCGCGCUCCAUAAAACAAGGAUCUUCAUUCGUUAUUUCCUCUCCAUAGUUGUCAUUGAGUCUAUUCUAUUGCUCCAAUUUUUCAUUCUACAUUUCCCUCUUACUUCCUUUUCAUUAACAUUUCAUUUCUCAGGGUGCUUCUUUCUCAUUGCUGACAAAAUGGCAAAUGCGGCGUCUGGAAUGGCUGUGCAUGAUGAUUGCAAACUGAGGUUUCAAGAGCUUAAAUCAAAGAGGAGCUACCGGUUCAUCGUGUUCAAAAUAGAAGAACAACAAGUUGUGGUCGAAAAAUUAGGCGAGCCCUCGGACAGUUAUGAUGAUUUUAUGGCUAGUUUUCCUGCAGAUGAGUGUCGUUAUGCUGUCUAUGAUUUUGAUUUCACAACCAAUGAGAACUGUCAGAAAAGCAAGAUCUACUUUGUCGCUUGGUCGCCAGAUACGUCAAGGGUGAGGAUGAAGAUGGUGUAUGCAAGUUCCAAGGAUAGAUUCAAGAGAGAAUUGGAUGGCAUUCAAGUUGAACUGCAAGCAACUGAUCCAAGUGAGAUGAGCUUGGACAUUGUGAAAGCGAGAGCCCUCUAAGCCUCUCUUUUUGCUAAAUAUAUUCAUUCUCCUUCCUUCACUGUUAUGAGUUCAUUCCUAGCUUAUUGGCAACUUUGGGAGCCAUCUUGUAGUGUCAUAUGCAUCAUUCUUCCUUGUAUUUAGAUACCUUGUUUGGUUUUCUAGUGAUUUUAGACUCUUGGCUUGUUUGAACUUGAAGGGCUAUAUUAUGUGUGGUGGGUUCAAUAUUAGUAACAUACUAUUUUAUAGGUUUGCCAAUUCGACCACUUGAUUUUUCACUUGAGGUUAGAUUUUGUGCAAUAGCUGCUACGUACCAAAAGAGUUAUUUGUGUAAUGUCCUCUCUCUCUCUCUCUCUCUCUUUUUCUUGGUAAUGUAUGUUCAUUUUCCUAUCUCUUUUUAUUGUGAAAGUAUAUUGGUAUAGAUAUGA